ACACAGUUCACCUCAAAAUCCUGUUUCCCAAUUUCAGCUGAAAUACACAGUGAGAAGAAGAAGGGAGAAAGAUGAAUGCCCCCGAUCGUUACGAGCGAUUCGUCGUCCCCGAAGGCGUCUCCAAGGUUUCGUAUGAGAGGGACACGAAGAUCAUCAACGCGGCGACGUUCACCGUCGAGCGUGAGGAUCACACGAUCGGAAACAUUCUACGCAUGCAAUUGCACAGAGACGAGAACGUUUUGUUUGCUGGCUACAAGCUGCCGCACCCGCUUCAGUACAAAAUCCUUAUAAGGAUUCAAACCACGAGCCAGUCUUCGCCAAUGCAGGCGUAUAAUCAGGCUAUCAAUGAUCUGGACAAGGAGCUCGAUCAUUUGAAGAACGCCUUUGAGGUUGAGCUGGCAAGACACAAUGCGAGCCAGCAGCGAGAGUUCUAAGCUGCAUCGUUUCUGUUAACUCGCUAGUAAGUGAUGGUGUCGCAGCCAUUUUGUCGUAAAUGUGGUGGUGAAGUUGGGGAAUUCCUGCAAGUAUAACUCCAUUAGAAAACUUUCAGAAACAUGCUUGUAUUAGACUGCCAUUUUCAUGUAUUGAUUGCAUUACUAUUCUCUCCA